AAAAUUUUUUUGGCUGGGUGUUUCAUGAGCAUUGUUGUCAUUUUUCUGCAACAAACUUGCUCAUAGCAAACUAAAUUUUUACUAAGUAAUUUUUAAAUACAAUUUAUAGUUUAGAGUAUUAUUAUUGUGAUCAAGUAAUAAUGGCUAAUAAUACAGAAGAUAAAUCUAAAAAGUAUCGAGUUUUAGUACUUGGGGGUUGUGGUUUUAUUGGAAGAAAUUUAGUAGACUAUGUAGUAACUAAUAAUUUAGCGUCAAAGGUUAGAGUUGUUGAUAAAGUGCCUCCACAGACAGCUUGGCUAAACAAGCACCAUCAGAUGAUUUUUGAUAAUCCUAUUGUUGAAUUCAAAAGUGCUAAUUUAAUUAAUCCAGUAUCUUGUCAAAACGCCUUUGCAGAUGAUGAAGGACCUUAUGACUUUGUUGUGAAUCUUGCAGCAGAAACUAAAAUGGGACAGACAGAUGCUGUUUAUAGAGAAGGAAUUGUUAAGCUUAGUGUUAAUUGUGCCAAAGAAGCUGUUAAACACAAUGUAAAAAGGUUUAUUGAAAUCUCUUCAAGUCAUGUUCACUCAAGUGAAAAGACCCCUAUUAAAGAAUCAGCAAAACCAGAUCCAUGGACUGUAAUGACCAAGUUUAAACUUCAAGUAGAAGAAGAACUUUCUUCUAUCCCAGAUCUAGACUAUGUAGUACUAAGGCCUGCUACUGUAUAUGGUAUCGGAGACAAAACUGGACUAGUACCUAGAUUAGUUGUUGGUGCUGUUUACAAACACAUUGGAGAAAUGAUGAAGCUUCUGUGGAAUAAGGAUGUAAAAAUGCACACUGUUCAUGUCUCAGAUGUUUGUAGAGCUAUUUGGCAUGCAUGUUUGCAUGGAAAACCUGGAGAAAUCUAUCAUUUAGUUGAUAAAAGUGGUACAACUCAGGGGAGAAUAACUGAUAUAGUUUCAGAUAUUUUCAACAUCAAUCAUGAUUAUUUUGGAACUACUCAGUCUACUUUAGCAAAGUUAGAUAUGUCAACUCUUGUUGAAGAUAUUAAUGACAAGCAUUUAGGACCAUGGGCUGAAGCUUGCUCAAGAGAUGGCAUUGAAAAUACUCCACUUAAUCCAUAUUUACACCAGGAGCUGUUAUACCAUAAGCAUUUAAAUCUUGAUGGAAGCAAGUUUGAAUCAACUGGAUUUACUUAUAUAAUACCAAAUUUAACUAAAGAAAAAGUUCAAGAGGUUUUAGAUGACUACGUAAAAAUGGGAAUUUUUCCAUGUUCAUUGGUUUUAUAAUGCACAGAGAAUGACUGUAGCCUUGUAGCAUCAGCCACCAGUAUUAAAAAGUAUUGACACAACUCA